UGUAAAGUGUGAACUUACUAAAAUACAGUUUAGAAAUGUUAGGAAACCGUCUCUUAAUCAGAAACACUGAUUAGUUGUUAGAAAAAUGAGUACGAAGGAAAGGUCUAAGUUUGUUUGACAACCCAAAAGGCCAAAAUGAGAUAUAUAUAUUUUGAGUUGCUUUUGCUUUGCUGUUUGCAAGUCAAUAAAUAGUCCAAGGAUGGGAGUAGUUGGUGCUUAUGAUGCUUCUCUACCCUGUCAAGCUUCAACGUCGACAGCAACGACCUGGACUCAACCGCUGCUUCAUCCGUAAUAUCCUCUCCGGCGCUUCCACCUCCGCUCCGACGUUGGCCUCCCUCUUGAAGGAAUGCAACUCUUUAUCCGAUGCCCAGCUUAUCCAUCAGCAAAUCCUCGUCAGGGGCCUCACAGACAUCGACGUCUCAAGGGACAUCAUCAGGGUGUACAUUGCCUGCGACGCUCCAAUCCCUGCCCUCUCUGUACUCCAACGCCUCCCACCAUCCGAUCCCUUCUGGUGGAACGCUCUCAUCAGGCGAGAUGUACGGCUUGGGUUCCUCGACCACGCCCUUCAUCUUUUUCGCCGGAUGCUCAGAUUGGGAUGGAAGCCUGACCAAUACACCUACCCUUUCGUCAUCAAAGCAUGUGGUGAUCUCCCUUCAUUCCGUCGGGGGGCCGCUCUCCACGCUUUCGUCUGCGGUAAUGGGUUCGAGUCCAAUGUCUUUGUCUGCAAUGCCUUGGUGGCGAUGUACAGCCGUUGUGGUGCUUUGGAGGAAGCACGCCAAGUGUUUGACGAGGUGACCCAGAGAGAGAUAGACGAUGUGGUUUCCUGGAAUUCGAUUGUUACUGCUUAUGUGCAGGGCUCUGAUCCAACCAAAGCAUUGGAAAUGUUCACUCGAAUGCCUCAGGAUGUUAAGUUGCGGCCCGAUGCUGUGAGCCUUGUUAAUAUCCUUAAAGCUUGUGCUUCUGUGGGAGCACCGAUGCAAGGUAAGCAAGCGCACGGUUUCUCCUUGCGAGUUGAUCAUUUCGGGGAUGUAUUUGUGGGCAAUGCUGUAGUUGACAUGUACGCCAAGUGUGGGAUGAUGGGUAAAGCAAAAAUGGUAUUUGAGCGCAUGGAGAUUAAAGAUGUGGUGUCCUGGAAUGCUAUGGUCACUGGGUAUGCUCAGAGCGGAAGCUUUGCAGAUGCUCUGCAUCUGUUUGAAAAAAUGCGUAAAGAGAAGAUCGAAUUGAAUGUGGUCACGUGGAGCGCGGUGAUUUCUGGUUAUGCCCAGAGGGGGCGUGGUUAUGAAGCGCUGGACGUGUUCCGGCAAAUGCUGCUCUCAGGUUCGGUGCCCAAUGUGGUGACACUGUCCUCCCUUCUGUCGGGCUGCGCUGCUGUUGGAGCGCUGCGUCAGGGGAAGGAGACUCAUGGUUAUGCCAUCAGAUGCGUCCUCAAUCGAGAUGACAAUGAUCCUGGUGAUGAUCUUAUGGUGAACAAUGCUCUGAUUGACAUGUAUGUUAAGUGCAAGGACGCCAAAGACGCCCAUGCCAUCUUUGAAUCAAUUUCACCGCAAGAGAGGAAUGUGGUGACGUGGACAGUCAUGAUUGGUGGUUAUGCUCAGCAUGGGGACGCCAACGACGCAUUGAAACUUUUUACCGUGAUGCUCUCUGGAGCAAACGCCAUGGUUCCCAAUGCUUUUACCAUAUCCUGCAGUCUGGUGGCUUGUGCUCGUUUGGGUGCACUACGAUCUGGUAAACAAAUCCAUGCUUAUGUAAUACGUAAUCGCUAUGAGUCUGUGAUGCUGUUUGUCGCCAAUUGCCUCAUAGAAAUGUAUUCCAAAUCUGGAGAUAUUGAUGCAGCUCGAUGUGUCUUUGAUCAUAUGAACCAGAGGAAUGCCGUGUCCUGGACAUCCUUAAUGACAGGAUAUGGGAUGCACGGGCAAGGGGAGGAAGCACUCAAGAUUUUUCAUAGAAUGCAGGAAGCAGGUCUUGUGCCUGACGGUGUCACAUUCCUUGUUGUGCUUUAUGCCUGCAGCCAUGCCGGAAUGGUUGAUCAAGGGAUUCAAUACUUUAACCGCAUGGGCAGGGAUUAUAAUGUGGCCGCUGGUGCAGAGCAUUAUGCCUGCAUGGUUGAUCUUUUAGGCCGUGCUGGUCGCUUGGAUGAAGCUAUGGAAUUGAUCAAGGGCAUGCCAAUGGAACCAACCCCAAUUGUGUGGGUGGCAUUGCUCAGUGCUUGCAGGAUUCAUGCCAAUGUAGAGCUUGCAGAAUUUGCUACAGGGCGACUGCAUGAAUUGGAAUCGGAUAAUGAUGGAUCAUACACAUUGCUUUCAAACAUAUAUGCCAAUGCUGGGCGCUGGAAAGAUGUGGCUAGGAUUAGGUCAUUGAUGAAGAAAACGGGGAUUAAGAAGAGACCAGGGUGUAGUUGGGUCCAAGGAAAGAAUGGGAUUGCUACUUUCUACGUGGGUGACAGGUCUCACCCUGAAUCCCAACAGAUAUACGAGGUCCUCGCAGACAUGAUCCGACGCAUUAAAGACAUGGGUUAUGUACCUGAGACUAGCUUUGCCCUUCACGAUGUGGACGAUGAGGAGAAAGGUGAUUUGCUGAUGGAGCAUAGUGAGAAGUUGGCACUUGCAUAUGCAAUCCUAACUUCAGCUCCAGGAGCACCCAUUCGGAUAACCAAGAACCUCCGUGUCUGUGGUGAUUGCCACAGCGCCAUGACAUUCAUUUCAAGGGUCGUAGAACAUGAGAUCAUAGUGCGGGACUCUAGUCGCUUCCAUCAUUUUAAGAAUGGGUCAUGCUCCUGCAAAGGCUACUGGUGAUUAUAUUAUCACCAGCCGGUGAUGCAUUGCACGUUUGCACUUGGUUCAAGACACUAGAGCCCGGGGGAGGCGUUUUUAUGGAUUGAUCUUGCGCCAAAAGGAGCAGCACCAUCUUCUGUAGUUGAUCACUAUUCACGAUUGCAGGAAAAAAGAAAAAGAGCAAAGUUCAGCACCUUAUGCAUCAUACCACUGGACGGAACAUUAACUGAGUCAGUGGACUCGUCUCAUGGACAGAGGAGAAAUCAGCUACUUCCGUUUGGAGUAGCGCUGGGCUAAAUCCGUGAGAAAUCAGCAGGUUACAGGUCAGAAACUAAUUCUCUUUUUCUAUUUUUUUUAGUGGUUUUCAUUAUUGAUGAUAAUGAAUUUUCACACAUUUAUUUAUGUA